AUGGCUGAGGGCGAGGUACAGCCGCUCACAGAAUCGGAAAUCAACAGCUUCCUCGACGACCUGGACCACAACAGCGAUGGCUUCAUCGACUACGCCGAAGUAGAGCAGAAGCUUGAUGCCGUGUACGACGAGCUCGUCCAAGGCAAACCGCAGGCCCACCACCGCCUACACCGGCACAACGAGCACAGCACCAAGCAGGAUCAAGAUCGCCAUGCGUUCCUCCGCAGUAUCAUCGGCUCCGAUGCGCAACGCAUCUCGCGGUCCGACUUUGCGGCCCGGGUGCGGGAGCUACGCAUUCCGUCGAUGGAACAGGACAGCGAGGCCGACGCCUCUCAAAAGGCAUACAUGCGUUCGCUGGGUGUGUGGCGGCGACUAAGGUCGUAUUGGGCAGUUCACGGGCCCGAAAUCGCUUUCCUGUGCCUGGUCGUCUCUAUGCAGAUCGCCUUUGGUGUGUGGCAAUGCGUCAAGUACGCUACAACACCGCAGUAUCAAGCCGCGUUUGGAUGGGGGGUGGUUCUUGCAAAGACCUGUGCGGGUGCUCUGUAUCCGACGUUUUUCUUUGUGAUUUUAAGUAUGUCGCGGUACUUUUCCACGUUUCUCCGCAAGUGGUACUAUGUCAGCAGAUUCAUCAAUUGGGACCUGGGGCAGAGUUUUCACAUCAAAAUGUCUUGUAUUGCGUUAGCACUGGCAACCCUGCAUGCGAUUGGCCAUCUGACGGGGAGUUUCGUCUGGGGAAGCAGGCAGAGUAACGAGGACAUAGUUGCAGCGCUCCUGGGCCCAGAUGCUGUCCCACGACCAUACGCAAGAUAUGCGAGAUCUCUGCCCGGUUGGACAGGCAUCGUGGCCCUGGGCCUGUUCUAUCUUCUGGCGCUGCUGAGCAUGCCUGUGGUCAGGAAGUGGAAUUAUGAGGUGUUUCAGCUCGGACAUCUCCUCAUGUUUCCUAUAAUUGGAUUGAUGAUGGCGCAUGGGACGGCUGCGCUUCUGCAGUGGCCAAUGUUUGGAUACUGGCUUGCAUUCCCAACCCUCCUGGUGCUCAUUGAACGAACUACUCGGUUCGCCGUUGGCUUCCAUCGAAUUCCAGCCACUUUGACUGUUCUCGACGGCGAGACUGUCGAGGUAAGGGCCACCAUUCCGAGCGAGCGGCUUUGGAAGUACCAUGCUGGCCAAUACGUCUUUCUGCAGGUGCCGCAGCUGGGAACUUUCCAGUGGCAUCCCUUCACGGUCUCGAUAUGUGUGGGAAAGGAGAUGCGGCUUCACAUCAAGACAGACGGCAACUGGACUGGGAAGCUUCGGGAACUGGCCGGACCAACCGGCAAAGCUGAGAUCAAGAUCGGUAUCAAUGGCCCAUUUGGAGCUCCAGCUCAGCGCUUCUAUGAUUUCACUCACACGAUUGUUGUUGGGGCUGGUAUUGGGGUCACGCCUUUUUCUGGCAUCCUUGCCGACCUUCAGGCCAAAGAUGAUGCCGCUCAUGGCCACCCAGACCAUCAAGAUAUGCACAAGAACGAAAAAGAGACCCCAGAGAAAACCACUCACACAGAUGCUGAUCCAGCCGCGCGACCUCCUCUCCAGCACCAGGUGGAUUCGAGCCAGACUACUCAAUCUUUAGAGAACCCCAGCUUGGCAGACGACUACCGCCGUGUUGACUUCCAUUGGAUGGUUCGCGAUCGAAAUCAUCUUCUGUGGCUUUCCGACCUAUUGAACGAGGUCAGCCGCAGCCAAAAAUGGCACGCAAAGCACGACAGCGCUCAUCACCUCGACAUUAGAAUCUCCACACACGUCACGCAGAAGCGUAAGAACAUCUCUACCCAUGUCUAUCGAUGGCUCCUGGAGAUGCACCGUACACCUGAGCAUCCCGAGAGCCCGCUCACGGGGCUGAUCAACCCGUCAUCGUUCGGUCGACCGGACUUCGCCAACAUCCUCGAUGCACACUACGAGGAGAUGCUGAAGUACAAAGCAGAACUGAAUAAAAAGGACUCAAAACGUUGGAGCGACGAAGAAUUCAAGGUUGGUGUGUUCUUCUGCGGAACACCUAUUGUAGGUGAAAUGUUGGCAGACCGAUGUCGACUACUGAGCGCAAGGGGACGUAACGAUUCAAGCAAGAUUGAGUAUCACUUCAUGAUGGAGGUUUUCGGAUAG